UGGGAACCCUGGAGUAGAGGGCGGGCCCGGUGCCCCUAAACCUCCCAACUCCUGAUCAGACACAGGUGGAGUUGAUCCAGACUUGAGGGAAGACAUGAGUGAGCAAUCUGCCAAUAAGCGCAGGACCGGCAAGGUAAAGGUAGAGGAGGAACUUUGUCAUACCUGAUACAGGUAAGGAGUGCCUUCAUGACCCACUUAGUUCAGAAAUCUGUGUUCAGAAACAAAGCAUAAGAAGGGAACACCAUGUUACCAAAAACCAAGGUAAUUGGGGCCCAGUAUUUUCAUAUUAGUCUUGGAUGAUAUGCUUUAUAUUUGUAAACCUGCCUAGUAUAAAUAGAGGUAGAUUUGGGGCCUUAUUUUGGGAACAUAUCUUCUGCAUAAAGUGAAAAGAACAUGCUAUGAGAACCUGCAUCUCAGAACGAUUGAGGAUGUAUUAGCUCUCUCCUGUACAAGACUGUUUUGUCUAUAGACAAUACAUUGGUAAUUUGGUCUCUUGACCAUUUUUAAUAUUGAAACCCAAGUGUUGUCAAAAUUAAUUGGCUAUACAUUUUAAUCAAUACAAUGACACAAAACAAGAUGAAAUUCACAAAUUGACACACUGUCACAAGGUGAAGUAUUCGGGGUGCAUUCGCAGAACUUGAAAUACAUUCAGCUAACAAAAUUAACUUUUUUUAAUUUGGGGAUCAUUAAUAAUCGGGAUUUUUUAAACUGGCUUUCAGGCAUUCAGGUCUCUUAAUUAUUAAUAAUGAGAUAGAGGGUGUUAAGAUGAGCUGUCUUUGUCAACCUCCCUUUUCUACCCUCCUGUAGUUUACAGACAAAGAGCUAUGACCCUCUGACAACUGUUAUUUAUACCUCAGAUUAUUUAGCAAACAGGCACAUUAUAGUAUGUAGGGAUUUAGUCCUUGAAUAAAAAGGCUCAUGAAGUCAGACAUCUUGUGGCUGAGACUCUUUUCUUUCUCUUUUGUAGUAAGUUUGUGUGUUAUAACGGAACAUCUCAGCUGGAACACUCUAUUCCUGUUUGUGUUGCAUAUAUCAAAAGAGCUCACUGAAAACACUGAAGCCUUGAAAACCAAAAUGUCAGAGCUUAGACUGUACUGUGACCUCCUUGUUCAGCAAGUGGAUAAAACUAAGGAAGCUAGCAUUUGUGGUGUAUCAGAAUCCGAGAAUGGAAUUGAUAUGGGAGCUCUCUUGAAAUCAACAUGUAACACCUUCCUGAAGACUCUUGAAGAAUGUAUGCAGAUUGCAAAUGUGACCUUCUCUUCUGAGUUAAUACAUCACACCCCAUCAGGAUCUCCACACUUGGCUGUUCUCAAAUCAAACAAGGUAACCCCUCCUAUCUCCUUCAGUAGCACUACAGCAGAAAGGCAGAUGGAAUUGAACAGUUGUGAAAAUGGCUCCGUUAAGGCAGAAAUUAAUCCUUGUGACCAAACCCUGAUUAACACUCUGAUACCCUCACAUCUGAAAUCUAACGAGGGAGACUGUGACGUUUCAGCUGAGAAGCAUGUUGAAAAGAAGUUGACAGGUGAUGAAGUUAAAGACAAUGGAGAAAGCAAGAUGGUGCCCAUAGAGGGCAACAGUGCCAACGAGUCGCUGCAUUUGGCAAUGGAUUCCAUAAGUGGACCAGCUCAAUCACACGGGGGAGAAGGAAAAGAAGAGGAUUUACCUACCUUCUUCAGUGUCAUGAACAAUAGGUUUAGUGACAUUGAGCUCCAGGAGGGUGACGGCAUACCCACAGAGGAAUUUCUGCAAUCGUGUUACGCGAUCGUGCCAGUCUUGGACAAACUUGGACCAACAGUCUUUGCUCCUGUUAAAAUGGAUUUUGUAGGUAAUAUCAAGAAAAUAAAUCAGAAAUAUAUAACCAACAGAGAAGAGUUCAACACUCUCCAGAAGAUAGUGCUGCAUGAAGUGAGUGCUGAGGUAGCACACGUUAGAAACUCUGCAACAGAGGCACUUUUGUGGCUAAAAAGAGGCCUAAAGUUUUUGAAGGGAUUUUUGACAGAAGUUAAGAAUGGAGAAAAGAAUAUUCAAACAGCUCUGAACAACGCUUAUGGCAAGACGUUACGGCAGCAUCACGGCUGGGUUGUGCGAGGGGUUUUUGCGUUGGCUUUAAGGGCAGCACCAACAUAUGAAGACUUUGUGGCAGCACUGUCUGUGAAGAAGUGUGAUGAUCAGGAAGAAGCUUUUUAUAAUGCAAUGCAGAGAGACCUCAACAUUUACUUGCCAGCCAUGGAAAACCAGCUGAAUAUCUUGGACACUCUCUAUGAAGUACAUGGUUUGGAGUCAGAGGAGGUGGUAUAAUCACAGUGACACAGUACCUCAUAACUUCAGGCACUGCAUUUGUUAACAAGCUUUUCUGAAUGCCGUUUCUCUUCAUUGUAUCUUUCCUUUGCAUGGGAGGUGGAGGAAUCGGUGUGUGUGUGUGUGUGUAUUUUUAAUCUUGUUUGUGUUUAAAUGAAGAGGUGCUGUUUCUUUUAAGGCCACAACUGUCUGCAUGGUGAAAACCUUUAGGCUAAAUAAUUCUUCUUUUUUACAUGAAUGUAACAGAGCAGAAUUGGGCCUUCUUGCUCCAAUGCAUAGUACUGGCACCACACGUGUGGAGGGGCAGCUUUGAUGGGAGCACAGAUGCUGUGCUGAUGUCACCAUUUUGCCCUUACCCUUUUCUGUGCCUGUCCAAGCUGUGAUGCUAGUCUCCAUUUCCCUGGUCUUCUCUCCAUCUGUGUUAGUGGCGGGGCAGGGCUAGUGAGAGCUGUGCUGCACAGAUAGCAGAAAAGAGGGCAGUAGAACUCUCUACUUUAUUAACUGAGUGGUUAGUCUGGUCCCAUCUUGAGGUAAAUUUGGGUUGCAUCCUUGUGUUUUAUACUGGUGACUUGAUUUUACUCGCAGCCCUGUUUUAAAAAAAUGUAAAGACUGUUACUGCAAGUGUUGCCUUGAUGGCCAGAGUCCCUGGGCCUCCCCUAAGGGUCAGCCUGUCACAAUAGGGAUGCUCUCCCUGUGUUGUCCUUGGUACUCUCCACCUCCUCACAGGUCCAUGAAAACAGGAUUGUCUGUUCCAGUGCUACUAGGCACCUGCUCCUGGAGCUGUGAGGGAGUGCGUGUGUUUGUGUGUGUCAGAGAGAGAAGGAAAGAUAAUCCUUAAAUUCACUGUGACACCAGCCUUGUUGUUAAUGUCCCAGCAGGGGUAGGCCUCUACUUGGCAGAGGGAGAGAAGGUUGUCAAGAUGCAUCACCUUGAUCUUGGUACUAGUAGCAUGAGUGCUUCCUUUGCCCUUGUGUGGUUAACAAGGCUUUAGUGCUCAGUGCUGGAGCCAUUGGGCCAAAUCCUCAGUUGGUGUAAAUUGGCAAAGCCCAGGAGCGGCACCAAGGUUUUUGGCACCCUGGGCACAAGGCCGGCUCUCUGGUCCCGCGG